AUGGUCAAGAAGAUGAGGUUUUUGUGCGCUGGAGCAGCAGUGCUCGCCGUGAGCGCCGUCACUGCGAAUCUUCAGCCACAGGCGAGAACAACCAACAGUUUUCUCUUGCUUGGUUCCCAUCAGAGCCAGCGCUUGACUAGUAACCAAUUUGUUGGGGAUAAAGGACGCAGACGAACAGUACUUAAUGCUCGUGUCGAUGAAGCUGGCGAAGAUGCUACGGAGGGCAGCAAAGGGCCAUCGAUAGACACACAAGUUGAAUUUGAAAUCUCUCCUUACGGGUUUUCAGACUUCUAUGAAACUCUCCGAGCGGACGCCUAUGGUAUUGCCCCCGCUGGGGAGGUGCCAUACGACUCGCUAGCGGAAGAGCAAAAUGAGUUUCAUGAGGAAACCAGCAGCAGCGACCUCGCCUCCCUCGCCCAAUUGCAUGAUUUCUCGCCUCCUGGUUCGGGCCAACGGAAAAGUGGGGGCGCUGAGCAGACGAGCAGCGCAAUGUCGGUAUUGAGGGCACUUAGCCGCCCAUUUGUGGCCAUCGGUUCAGCUGCGUUGAAGGCAACUCGUGAGUUGCGCAAGUAUCUCAGCAACCCGAAGCUGUCUUGUUCUCUCGAGGUGCAGGACACGAAGAUCGGAGGCAAUGGGUCGCCCAUCGUGGCCAAGGCCAUUUCCCGUUUAGGUCGCGUGCGAAAGACUAGCUUUUUGGAUAAGGUGAACCAAGAGUUGGAGUUGUUUUUCCCCAUUAACGAAGAAAUCGAGUACGACUGCGUGGACUUCAGCCAAAAAAUAGUCCUUAAAAGAGGAUAUCCCUUGGGGGCUGGCGCCUUUGGGUUUGUUGUUCCCUUCACCAGUAGCCACGGCGCGCAAUACGCAGGAAAACUGUUUCAAAUCGGGCGAACAGAAAAGCACACAAUGAACAACGUGCGUAAGCAGCUUAAUAUAUUAAGCUACCUGCCUUCAGACAUGGACGCAGCGACAGCUUCCCACAGGCUCCGUCUCGCCUUUCCCCUCUGCAUCGUCGUGAAGCGCUGGACCUCCACUGUCAUGGAACUGCCCACCAGGGGGAAACUCCUAAAUGCAAUCGUGUUGUACCCGUUGCUCCGAGGGGAUUUGUCAUAUUUGACUGCUUCUCUGCUGCCUACGCGAGAUGAAGAUCGGAAUGUUCUCUUGAGCCUCACGCAGCAGGUUGUGCGGGCAGUGAACGAUCUGCACAAACUUCGUUUGGUUCACCUCGACAUCAAGCUGCAGAAUUUCCUCGUGACCGAAAAAGGAAGCGUACUGACGGGGGACCUGGAUGGCGUAAAGCCAUUUGGAUCACCUGUAGUGCCUAUCAUGUUUACUGCGGCCUUGGCUGCUCCUGAGGUGGCGAGAAUCGUUCUGCAGAAAGACAGAACGGCUGGGGCAGAGCCUACUAUGGACUCCUGGUCGCUCGGCAUAUCGAUAUACGGAAUCUGGUGUGCAGGCUACCCAUUUUCUCAAGAGUUCCGCAAGCUUCCCCCCGCUGAACAAAUGGAAAGACUCCACAAGGAGCCAUUUCAAACCAUCGUAUUCGAUGAAGAAUGUGCAGGAAUCAUGCCCCCGGAAGUGUUCAAUCUUAUUACCCAAUUCCUCAAACCCGACCCCAAAGACCGUCUUACGCCGAAGCAAGCUCUCGCAUCUCAUCCUGCGAUGGCGCUGCAGGUGCCGGGGGCAGAAGGCAUGCAGACUGAAGUAGAAGAAACCUUGCCGCUCAAAGAACCGGAAGAAGAGCUGGAGCCACUCUCGGAAGCGUCAACGGCUUCUACAGAAGAAGCUGGUAGGCCCGCCAGCCUUUCGUCGAGCUACGUCUUCGUUAAGCGGCAGAAGGCGCCGGCAGCGCGCAGCUUUCAGCAACAGAGCGCUAGCAUCUUCACCCCUACAAACAGUGGCGGCUACCGAUUCGUUGGUAGCCACUUGCGGGAACCGAAACCCCUUGCAAACAGCCGUCAACAACAACAGCCGUCAGGAAGCCCGUAA